UAAAACUCGGUCCAUUUAAAAGUCAACCUCUUUUCAUCUCGGCCGCUCGGGUUUCCCUCUUUUCGCUCAGUGUCGCAUUUUCUGCUCAACGCCUUCAUUUUCUUGCGAUUUUUAGGUUUCCGGUUUUUGUUAAGAAAUUUCUUGAUUGCGCAAGUGAAAUUCCACGACCGUGAAGGAUUAUAAGUUUGAAGCCUAAUCAAGCACUCAUUGAUAUUUGAUCCAACAGGAUAAACUAUUCGGUGAUGAUUUGGACCUCUACUAGAAUUUAAUCCAUUUUUCGCGUCAAUAUGAACAAUUCUCAUUGUCAAGAUCAGGAAACACCUGUGGUGGCUGGAUUUGAAGUCCCAACAUCACCGGAUGCAAGUUACAACAACAUUUACACUGCAACCGAAGAUGAUGGGCGGGACCCACCCAUAGUCCCACAACACCUACAACACACAGUCCUAAGCUAUAGCUACCCGAAAAACGGCGACCCGGCUGCCCGACUGCCCGACCCACAACAUGUGGUGCUGAAUCAUCUUUACAUUGAGAACAGAGAGGCACCUCGGUCAGUUGUGGCACUUGGGUUCUCUCAUCGUUUUCGGUCAAAAUACGUGAAUGUUGUACUUUAUAAACCGGUUCAAAGAAGGGGAAGUAGCAUCUCUUGAUUGUUGGUGGUUUUGGAAGUGGAUUUUGGAAUUGUUGAAAACGUAUG